GUGGCGGGGGGGCAGUCAUUGACUUUUAUGGUUUGCAGGUGUGCAGUCAGUGUGCAUAUUGAUUAUAAGGCGACUUCACAGGCUUUGAAUGAACUCUCUCCUCCUCACUAGCUCAGAAAUGUUUUGGAGCGUGCUUCUGACAGCGCUGUGUGGAUAUGCAGCAGCCUCGUCUAACUCAGAGCUGGAUCGACACUGGCAGCUAUGGAAGAAACUGCAUAAUAAAGUGUAUUCCCAAGAGCUUGAGGAGCUUGGUCGCAGGCACAUAUGGGAAGAAAACUUGGAAAUGAUUAAUGUCCAUAACCUCGAGGCCUCUCUGGGCUUACACACCUAUGAGCUGGCGAUGAACCACCUAGGAGACCUGACCAAUGAUGAAAUUAUCAGCACCCUAAUGGGCACAGUUGUGCCUUCAGACCUGGAGAGAGAAUCCUCCAGCAGUAUCAAGGUCAACAACUCUCUACCUCCAACUCUGGACUGGAGGGAAAAAGGCCUGGUGACAGAAGUCAAAAUGCAGGGUAUGUGUGGCUCUUGUUGGGCCUUCAGUGCAGUUGGAGCUCUUGAAGGGCAACUCAAGAAGACCACAGGCAUGCUGAUGUCUCUCAGCCCUCAGAAUUUGGUGGAUUGCUCCUUAAAAUAUGGCAACCAUGGCUGUUACGGUGGAUUUAUGUCAAACGCUUUCCAAUACGUCAUCACUAACCCAGGCAUAGAUUCUGAUGCAUCUUACCCCUAUGUUGCUAGGCGUGGUGAAUGCAAGUAUGACCCAAAGCAUCGUGCUGCAAACUGCUCGGCCUAUGCUUUCUUACCAGAGGGAGAUGAAUAUGCGUUGAAGGCAGCCCUUGCUGAUGUUGGUCCGAUCUCUGUAGCCAUUGACGCCUCAAGGCCGAAGUUUAGCUUCUACCGUCAUGGUGUAUACAGAGACCACACAUGCACCCAUAAUGUGAACCAUGGCGUGCUGGUUGUGGGCUACGGCACUGAGUGGGGACGUGAUUACUGGCUGGUCAAAAACAGUUGGGGUGUUAACUACGGAGAUGGAGGCUACAUCAAGAUGGCUCGCAACAGAAGAAAUCAGUGUGGCAUCGCCCUUUAUGCUUGUUACCCCAUCAUGUGAUUGGGCAAAAAGAAAUAAACAAUUUGAUCCUUAA